CAAGGCGUUGCGACUCCGUUAAUCCCCCGUGACCGACGUUAGAUCUUUAUUUUUUUGUCCAACAAAGCAGGACAAGUGAACGUUUCUUUUUUUUUUUUCUCAGGGUCUUUUUAUUUUCUCUCUCCUCCCAGAACAUCACUCUGCCUCUCUCUGCUCUCUCUCUCCUACAUUAAAUGAGUCCCUUGCAUUUUUGAAUCCUCAUUCACAACACACGAGAAGCUUGUUUCACCUUCAAGUUUCUACUUUAGAUCAGAUCUAAACUUACUCUGCAACUCAUUUCUUUAUUAUUUUUGGUUCGCCGGAACUAAGACUCCUCGCACCACCAAAGAGAAUUCUUGUUUGUGUCGAAAGAAAGUGGUCUAGAGAGAGAAAGACGGCGGGACUGGGGACGAUGCCGCAAGAAAGCAACUGUAACCAAAGGUUCACCUCUCCUUGCAAGAACUUGAGAGGAUUGAAGAGUUUGAUCUCCAAUAAUAGUGACGCUGAAGAGAUUAUCAACGAUCAUGAAUUGGCUCACAGAAAAGCCGAAGAAGCAGCUUCAAGGAGGUACCAAGCAGCGGAAUGGCUACGUCAGAUGGACAAUGGUGCGUCGGAGGUUCUGCCCAAAGAACCCUCCGAAGAGGAAUUCUGUCUCGCACUCCGCAACGGCCUCAUUCUCUGCAACGUCCUCAACAAAGUCAAUCCACGAGCUGUUCACAAGGUGGUAGAAAAUCCAAUCAUCGAUGUUACAGAGGGUGCUGCUCAGUCUGCAAUUCAGUAUUUCGAGAACAUGAGGAAUUUUCUGGUUGCUGUCGGCAAGAUGGAGCUCUUAACAUUCGAGGCCUCCGAUUUGGAAAAGGGUGGUUCAUCAAGUAAAGUUGUGGACUGCAUUCUUUGUUUGAAAGGAUACCACGAGUGGAAGCAAGCAGGUGGAAUUGGAGUUUGGAAGUAUGGUGGAACUGUAAGGAUCACAUCAUUCCCAAAGGGGUCACCAUCCUCCUUGGUUGGCAGUGAAAGUGCUGAUGACUCACUGGAUGAUUCUGAAUCAUCACAAUAUGAACAGCUAUUUGAAUUUCUCCAUCUUUCUAGUGAGGUCUCCAUUGAGGAAUACAAAUCAGCCAAUGUGUUGACCUUCCUUUUUGAUCGCUUUGGGCUUGAACUUCUUGAGGCUUAUCUUACAGAAAGGAAUGGAAUUGAAAACUUGCCUUUGAAUGGAAUGGUCAUUGAUACUGUGCUCAGGAAGGCAGCUAAGGAUAUCUCUGAGCUGCUUGCCACUCAUGGUCAUCAGCUUGGACUGCUUCUCAAGAAAAUACUGAAAGCAGAUGGUAUUCCCCUAUCAAAAUCUGAAUUCAUAAAGAUCAUUUCGCGAUAUCUUGCUCAAAGGACUAGUUCGGUAUCAAGUGAUAUCUCCAAAUUUUGCACCUGUGGUGGGAAACGUGAGAACAUCUGGCCUGGGAUUGGUCACUCUUCUGGAAAUGCAGAACUACUUGAUUUUCAACAGAAACGGCUUGAGGAGCUAAAAUCAUUUUUUCAAGAUACAAAAACAGAAGUCCAGCAGAUUCAUUUAGGCUGGGAAGAAGAGCUUGAGAGGCUUGAGCACCAUGUCAAGGGCCUUGAAGUGGCCGCUUCUUCCUACCACAAGGUUUUGGAGGAAAACCGCUUACUUUACAAUCUAGUACAAGACCUGAAAGGAACCAUUAGGGUAUACUGUAGAGUGAGGCCUUUUCUACCAGGGCAAUCUGAUGGACAGUCAACAGUAGACUAUAUUGGAGAAAAUGGAAAUAUCAUGAUUGUCAAUCCUCAUAAGCAGGGUAAAGAUGCAAGAAAGAUGUUCACUUUCAACAAAGUAUUUGGAACGCAAGUGACGCAACAGCAAAUAUAUGUAGAUACUCAACCGUUGAUCAGAUCUGUUCUAGAUGGUUAUAAUGUUUGCAUUUUUGCAUAUGGACAAACUGGCUCAGGGAAGACUUACACAAUGAGUGGCCCUGACUUGACAACAGAGGAGACCUGGGGUGUCAAUUAUCGAGCUUUGCGUGACCUGUUCCAAAUUUCAAAGGCGAGGGUGGACAUUAUAGAAUAUGAAGUAGGAGUCCAAAUGAUUGAAAUAUACAAUGAACAAGUGAGAGAUCUAUUGGUCAUUGAUGGCACUAAUAGAAGGUUAGAUAUAAGGAACAAUUCUCAAUUGAAUGGCCUCAAUGUGCCUGACGCAAGUUUAAUUCCAGUUAAAUGUACUCGAGAUGUUCUUGAUUUGAUGAAAAUUGGUCAAAGAAAUCGUGCUGUGGGUGCUACUGCUUUAAACGAACGGAGUAGCCGUUCUCACAGCAUUCUAACUGUUCAUGUCCGAGGAAAAGAGUUAGUUAAUGGCUCCAUUCUAAAGGGUUGCCUUCAUCUCGUGGAUCUGGCUGGAAGUGAGAGAGUGGAUAAAUCUGAGGCUGUUGGUGAAAGACUGAAGGAAGCCCAACACAUAAACAGAUCGCUCUCUGCACUUGGAGAUGUCAUCUCUGCUCUUGCUCAAAAGAGUACACAUAUUCCUUACAGAAAUAGCAAGCUUACUCAAGUAUUGCAAGAUUCUUUAGGCGGUCAUGCCAAAACAUUGAUGUUUGUACAUAUAAAUCCCGAGGUUAAUGCCAUUGGAGAGACAAUUAGCACCCUCAAGUUUGCAGAGAGGGUUGCCUCGAUAGAACUAGGAGCGGCUCGAUCUAAUAAAGAAAGUGGUGACAUACGAGAACUUAAAGAAGAGAUCUCCAAUCUCAAGCUGUCGUUGGAGAGAAAGGAAGCUGAACUGGAACAAUUGAGAAGUUGUCGAGGUAUCAUAGAACUGCAAAGACCCCAAACAGUUUCACCUUUGCAAAUGUCAAGAUCCGGUAUUAUUGCCAGCUUGAAGCCUGAAACCUCUCAGCGACCCAUUGCAGAUGAUACUAGAAGCUCUGAGGUCAGAAGCUGUUCUUCAGGUAAGCAGAGGAGGUCUCGUUUUCCCUCUAAGUUUAUAGACAAGGAUAUAAUGCCAAAGAUGCCCUUCCUAGCUGAAGUGACACUAGGGAGCUCAGGCAAGCCAAGGUCACCAUCCCCUCCUGUUAGGAGAUCAAUAUCAACGGAUAGAGGGGCUCUCAUCAGAAGUAGGAUCAAGCCUGACAUUAAUGACAGCCACCCUAUCUCGAAGCUGCAGUUCCCAGCUAGAUUUUCUGCCAAUAAAUCUGUUACCACAUUACCAGUAAUCCCACCAAUAGAAAACAACACGAGACCAUUUUUUGGUUCCCAAGAGCUGCACAAGCAGGAUAACAUCUCCGAUGUAUUCUACAACCUUCAGAGAGUGAACUCCAGGAAAAAUCACACAGAACAUGAAGAUGAGCAGUUUAAACAAGUGCUUAAUGUAAGGCAUGGGGGCGUCAGGAAAAGCAAACCUGAGAGUAAGGCCAAGGCCAAGCAUCAACUGCCAGUUAAAAUUCAAAAAUCUGAUGUUGCAGUGACAUUGCUUCCUGAGAUAGACACUGGUGCAAAGAUGGAAGAGUCUCGAAAGAGUGACUUCUCUGAGCCUGAAAAUGAGCAUGGACUCGGCAGGUCACCAGUGCCUAGUACCUUGAGGGUGCAAAAGCUUCAACGGAACUUAUCAAGGAACUCUCAAAAUGUGGAACCAAGAGAACUAGUGCAAACUGUGGAAUCUGUAUUAGCUGGUAAAAAUGAAAAUAAAGGUUCAAACGGAGUAAUACGCCAUGCAAAGGAAGUUAGUAACCCAUCUAUGCCUGAUUUGAGAAGAAGCCGGUCUCUGUCCCGUGGGAAGUUUACAAAUUUUCCUUGAGUAAUUCACACCAUACAUCGAUAAUUUCAGUUAUUAAUUAUUGAGUUUUUGUACAGCGACUCUUCAAAAUGGAGUUCCGAGUUGCAUGCUUUCGCUUUUAUGGAUUUGAAAUUUCUAUAUAUUUUUUAUUCAUGUUUAUAGACUAGGCCAAACUAGUAGUAAUAUAGUGCUUCAGUGUUUUUUUUAUGUUUAUAGACUUGAUUAUGGUGCUGAAGCAGUGUGUUGCUUCAUUAUAUAUAUGUACGGAAUGUCAUUAUAUAUGUCUUUAUUUUCGUAA